CUCCCUGUCCAUUAUUGGACCCUUUAUUAAUUUCUGUCCCAUGAGCUAUGACUAUCCAGCUACUGUCUCCUCUCUCUCUCCCUCUCUCCCUCUCUCUCUGAUCCAGAAUUGAAGGUAAUCCAAUAGACAACCUUGCCUUGCCCUAAUGCCUCCUCCUCCGUUCCUCAAACAAUCAAACAUCCCCAGAUAACUAGGUCGGUGUGCAUGGAGCAGCUGCCUGUUCUUGCCAGUGGCUCAAAGGCCACCACGACGACGCCCUUCUACCUCGCCUUAGAUCACAGAGCGUCCACAUCGUCUUCGCCGCCAGCGGAGGCGCCAACGCCGCCGCCGGCUGCCGUCUCAGAUCCUUCUGGACAGUCCAACAGCGAGAGGGGAUCCGAAAUAAUCAAAGCGAAGAUCAUGUCACACCCUCUCUAUCCGGCUCUCCUGAGAGCCUUCAUAGAUUGCCGAAAGGUCGGAGCGCCGCCAGAGGUUGUUGGUCGGCUUUCUGCCCUCGCCGGUGAGGUCGAGAUGAAUUCAGGCGACGGGCAAGAACAACCGACAGAGGCAGACCCAGAGCUCGAUCAGUUCAUGGAGAUCUACUGUCACAUGUUGGUAAGGUACAGACAGGAGCUCACAAGACCAAUCGAAGAAGCCGACGAAUUCUUCAGAAGCAUGGAGGCCCAGAUCGACUCGUUUUCGCUAGAUGACAACGGCUACGAAGGAGGUGGUUCCUCCGACGAAGAUGAGCAAGAAACCGUCGACUUGGCCGGCAUUCCGGUCCCGGAGACCGGCAGCUCGAGCGGGGAAGACAAGGAGCUGAAGAACCGCCUCCUGAACAAGUACAGCGGCUACCUGAGCAGCCUCUGGAGGGAGCUCUCGAGGAUGAAGAAGAAAGGCAAGCUGCCGAGGGACGCGCGCCAGAAGCUCCUCCACUGGUGGCAGCUCCACUACAGAUGGCCCUACCCGUCGGAGCUCGAGAAGGCGGCGCUGGCGGAGUCGACGGGGCUGGACGCGAAGCAGAUCAACAACUGGUUCAUCAACCAGCGGAAGCGGCACUGGAAGCCGGCGCCGCCGGCGAUGGUGAUGGCCACGGACUACAGGCUGCGCCCGUACGGCGGUGGCGGCGCUCCGAGCAGCUCCGCUUCCGCCGCCGCUCUCCGCGCGGAGGGGCAGUACUUCGCCGGAGGAAGCUCGUAUCCCCGUGGCCCGUGAUGCCGCCUGCUAGCUGCUGCCUCAGCGGGCGAGCUCGACAACUCGACAUGCAUGGAUUGAUGUGUGUGCCGUAUACAUGCAUAUAUAUAUACGUGAUUUGGGUAUACAUGGUUUGGACGUGUGGUGUUCAAUAUACAGAAAUUUGAUGGCCUCCUUAAUUAUUCGCUCAUAUAUAUACAAACAUAUAUAUAUGUAGCUAACGCCAAAGUUAUAUAAAGUUUUACUUAAUUGUUUCACUAACA